CGUUAUAUUAGCUAUUCCUUAGUUAAAUUGAACGAAAUUAACUAAUUCAACAAUCUUAAUAUUUUAGAAAUUUUUUAAAUAAUUGUUAGUACAUAUCAAAGUUGAUUGAAAAGAAAAUUUAAUUAGCUUUAUUAUUAUCAUUAUGGUUUGAAGUACGUGCAUUCUAUGUACUUUUGAAAUUCUCAUAAAAAAUUAGUUAUGGAGCUGAAUAGUGUAGCCAAGGCUUUGCGCCAUUGUGGUCGAGUUGGGGCCUUCAAUCCAGGAAAGGUACUUCAUUCCCAUUUGUUCAAACUUGGCAUGUUUAACGAUAUGUUCCUUGCUAAUAACUUGAUUUCAAUGUAUAUGAAAUUUAAAUUUUUGAAAGAUGCACGGAAGGUGUUUGAUGAAAUGCCUGUUAAGAAUAUUGUUACAUGGACCACUAUGGUUUCUGCCUAUGCUGAUUGUGGAACACCCCGCGAAGCACUCGGGUUGUACACUCGUAUGUUGGACUCCAAAUCUGACAUACCGAACGGUUUCAUGUACUCUGCUGUGCUCAAAGCUUGUGGGCUUUUGGGUGACCUGAAGUUUGGUAAAAUGAUACAUGAAGGAAUAUGUAAUGAUGGGUUGGAGUCUGACACUGUUUUGAUGAAUACCCUUUUGGAUAUGUAUGUUAAAUGUGGAAGUUUGAGUAAUGCCAAGGCGGUUUUUGAUGAGAUUUUGUUUGCGAAUUCAACUACUUGGAAUACUAUUAUUUCAGGUUAUAGUAAGUCUGGUUUAAUGAAUGAAGCAGUGGAUUUAUUUCAACGAAUGCCCGAACCUAAUGUUGUUUCUUGGAACAGCAUCAUUGCUGGUUUUGCAGAUAAGGGUAGUCUGCGUGCUUCUGAGUUCUUGCACGAAAUGCACCGAGAAGGUUUUAAACUCGAUGGAUUUACAUUCCCGUGUGCUCUUAAAACUUGUGGCCGUCAUGGUCUGUUAGAAUUUGGAGAACAGAUACACUGUUAUGUCAUCAGGUCUGGUUUUGAGUCUGGUAGGUUCACUGUAUCAGCUCUGGUUGAUAUGUAUUCCGAUUGCAAUAAAUUAAUUUCAGCGAAAAAGCUUUUUAAGCAGUACUCUAGCUGUAAUUCUUCUAUAUGUGAUAACUUAGCUCUUUGGAAUUCAAUGCUCUCUGGAUAUGUUGUUAAUAUGCAUAACAAAACAGCUUUAGAUUUAGUUUCAAUUGUUCAUAGGUCUGGUGCAGUGAUGGACUCUUACACUUUCAGUGCUGCUUUGAAGGCCUGUAUCAAUUUGCUCAACUCAAGACUUGGGCUACAAGUCCAUGGUUUGGUUGUAACUUCUGGGCAUGAGUUUGAUCAUGUUGUUGGAAGUGUUCUUGUAGACCUUUAUGCAAGAGUUGGGAAGAUUAACCAUGCCUUACAAUUGUUUCAUAUACUUCCUAAAAAAGAUAUUGUAGCCUGGUCUGGUUUGAUCACAGGGUGUUCUAAAAUGGGGUUUAGUGAGUUAGCUUUGUCACUUUUCCGAAAUAUGCAUAAUUUGAAUCUUGAAGUAGAUCAGUUUGUUGUUUCAAGUAUUCUCAAAGUUUGCUCCACCUUAACUUCUCUUAGAAAUGGCAAACAAAUUCAUGCUUUCUGCACCAAGAAAGGAUAUGACCAUGAGGGAGUUGUGAUCACUUCUCUAAUAGAUAUGUACACGAAAUGCGGUGAGAUUGAGGAUGGACUAGCUUUGUUUGAAAGCACAACAGAUCGCGAUACUGUAUGUUGGACGGGGAUAAUUGUUGGGUGUGGCCAAAAUGGAAGAGCCAAAGAAGCUAUUCAAUAUUUCCACGAGAUGAGAGAGUCGGGAAUGAAGCCGAAUGAAAUCACCUACCUCUGUGUACUUUCAGCCUGUAGACAUGCUGGUCUUGUUAAAGAAGCACAGGCCAUUUUUAGCUCAAUGAAACUUGAGUAUGGACUAGAACCUCUAUUAGAGCAUUAUAACUGCAUGAUUGAUCUUCUUAGUCAAGCUGGGUGUUUUAAAGAGGCAGAGAAGUUAAUCGCCGACAUGCCAUGUGAGGCUAACGAAACCAUAUGGAGAUCCUUGCUCGGGGCUUGUGGAACUUAUAAAAAUGCUGAACUGCUUAAUGUUAUUGAUAAAAAUAUUCUUGCAACCUUACCUGAAGAUUCUUCUACUUAUGUAACACUUUCAAAUGUUUAUGCUGAGCUUGGUAUGUGGGAUAGUUUAUGCAAAGCUAGAAAAACUGCCAAAGAAGUAGGAUCUAAGGAAGCCGGAAAAAGUUGGAUUGAGAUAACUAGUUGAGAAAUGCUUUCUACAUGGCAGUUUCUGUUAUGCUUUGUCUAUUCAAUUCAAAUGGUGCAGCCAUAGAGAUAAAUGACUGGAUUCUUUAAAUCGGUACCAUGGCAAACAUCGCGAGAAAGUUCAAUCCGGUAUUCUCUCUGGCUCGUUCUUGAGGUUAACAAUUUUUGAUCUUGCCAAGGUCCUUUUCUCCAUUGUAACAAAUCAUGAUUCUCUGCAGACUCAAGUGUGAGUUGCCAGAUGAAAAACAAAUGCAAAGAGUUCUCAUAACAGAACAAAACAUUUUCUAUACCGCUGUGAAUUUAGGGGUGUUCAUUGGACCAUAUCCAAUGUUUUUAGGCCUAUCCAGAUUCGAUUCAAUUAUAUAUUGGAUGUUGGAUUUUACCAUUCGAUCCGAUCUAAUUAAUUUCAGUCAUUAAAUCGAUUAGAUCGGUUCUAUCCGUUAGAUGUAUUAUAUAUAUAUAUAUUUAUUAGUUUAAUUUGGUUCUA